UUUGAGGCCACCAGAUCCUUCACUGUCCUAGGUGACAUUGCCAUUGAUGACAUCAUCUUUGUUGGUUGUGGUCUCCCAGCACCGAUUUCGGGCAAUUGCGCCUCGGACCAACUCCAGUGCAACCGCAAGAACUGCGUGGACAACAACCGGGUCUGCGACUUGACAGACGACUGCGGAGACCAGACCGACGAAGACGCCACAACAUGCAAAACCUACCACAUGUGCAACUUUGAGGGGACCAUCUGCGACUGGACGCAGCUGGUGACCGAUGAGCUGGACUGGCAGGCCCAACAGGGAAUGACCCGCACACCCUGGACGGGCCCGGCCAGGGAUCACACCACUGGACUGUCCACGGGCACGUACCUUGUCCUGGAGACCACGGGGGCCUCCAAUGGCAACCGUGCCUUCUUGGCCAGCUACGCCAUCCAAGCCGUCACGUCUACCGACUGCAAGAUCCGAUUCUACUACCAUAUGUACGGCAUCGACAUCGGCACCCUGACUGUCUACUUCUGGGACACCACCAACGGCCCCCUGACCAACAUCUGGAGCAUGUCCGGGGAGAAGGGAGACUUCUACGAGCGGGCCGAGAUCAUCCUGAGCCACAAUAAACCCUUCCAGGUGCUGAUUGAGGCAACCGUGGGAGGGAAGUACGGCGACAUUGCCAUUGACGAUGUCUCCUUCACCCCGGCCUGCAAGGCAUUCACUGGCAACUUCCCCUCGGUGCCGCCGCCCACCAAGAUCCCCAUCAAUCCCACCUCCAACCCCUGCCUGCCGGCACAGUUUGCCUGUGCCGACGGCAGCUGCAUCGACGUCCUGCUGGUCUGCGACGGCAACGACGACUGUGCUGACAAAUCGGAUGAAGCUAACUGCGGUAACUGCGAUUUUGAGAGCAACCAGUGCGGUUGGUCCGGAAUCACAUCGGGCCUGUACCAGUGGGAACGCCGCCAGUCAACGGACACCGCCAAGCCCCAUGCCCCCAACACCGACCACACCACGGGCACCGGCUGGUACAUGUUUGUGGACAGCACCACGGCAACGUUCUUGACCACCGCCAUCCUGCAGAGUCCCCUGCUGGGCAAUCGCGGCUCCAAAUGCGAAAUGAACUUCUGGUACCACUUCCAAGGCGGGACCGAUCCGGGCUCCCUGAUUGUCUCCGUCUACCAGAACUCACUGCCGGACUCCACCACGGUCAUCAAGUCCACCUCAGCUGAUCAGUGGAAGGCCGGCAAGCUCCAAGUGGGCCCGCGGGCGGCCAACACCUACACGAUUCGAUUUGAGGCCUCACCAGGCUCCAGUUUCCUUGACCCCACCCAGUUGACCAACAUCGCCAUCGACGACAUCACGUUUGACAAGUGCGGCGUGGACUCGGAUUUGAAUUGCGACUUUGAGUCCAAGACCAUCUGCGGCUGGAAGCAGAUCACAGCAGACGACUUCGAUUGGACAGUCCAGACGGGCGGUACCGCCUCCACCAACACAGGGCCGCAGUUUGACCACACGCUGGGCACCGCCAAAGGAAGUUACGUGUACAUCGAAGCCUCCGUACCGAGGCAAAAAGGUGACAAGGCCCGUCUGUCGUCAGGCGACAUGGCCCCCAACACCGAGUACUGCCUGGAAUUCUGGUACCACAUGUUUGGCCCCGACAUUGACACCCUUAACGUAUUGCAGCGGACGGCAAGUGGCGUCGAAACCAACAUGUACCGAAAGCAAGGGACCCAGUCCAACGUGUGGCACCUUGCCCGCGACUACGUGACCAGCACGGAGACCUACCAGAUCCUGUUUGAAGGGAUCGUGGGCAAGUCCUGGGGUGGCGACAUCUCGCUUGAUGACAUCAAGCUGAUUCCGGGCCAGUGCCCUCCAUCUCAUGAGUGCGAAUUUGAGCAAGACAUGUGCACCUGGAUGAACGACCAGACGGACGACUUUGAUUGGCAGCGAGGCGCUUCCGGCAGUGCCAGCGCAGGGACCGGCCCACCGACUGAUCACACCUUGGGAACGUCCCUGGGCUACUUCAUGUACGCCAACGUCCUGGUCCCUGCCUCCCAACCCACGGCCGGCAAGGACGCCCGCCUGAUGAGUGCCAUCUACCAGCCCGGCGGCGACCGGUGUCUUGUCUUCUGGUACCAGAUGGUCGGCGACAACGUGGGCAAGCUAUCCGUCUACCAGAAGGAGGAAGGGGACCCAUUUGCCAACCCGCUCUGGAGCAAGACCGGCGACCAGGAUGACCACUGGCGGGUCGAGAAGGCCACCGUAUCCUCAGUCGGAGUAAAGGACUUCAGGAUCUUCUUCCAAGCCACAACAGGGUCGGCCACGUCCGGAUUCAUCGCACUCGAUGACAUUGACGUCCUGGAUGGAGCAUGUCCACCAGAUGGCUACUGCGACUUUGAGAUAGACACCUGCACUUGGAGCAACUACCGCGGAGCGGAGGACGACUUUGAUUGGCUGCGGAACAAUGGGGGAACGCCCAGCUACCAAACAGGCCCCUCGACUGACCACACCACGGGCACCGGAAGGGGAUUCUACGUUUACCUGGAGACAUCCUCACCGAGAGUGAAGGGAGAAAAGGCCUGGUUGGUCAGCGAGCACAUCGACCAGACGGCCGGCCGCUGCCUCUCCUUCUACUACCACAUGUUCGGCGGCACAGUCAACGCACUGAACCUCUACACCCAGACAUCGCACACAGGGAGCAGCAGCAGCCCGCAGCUGGCCUGGACCAAGAAGGGUAACCAGGGCAACGUCUGGCGGUACGCCAAGGCCACGCUGUCCACCCUGGAUGAAUUCUGGGUGAUCUUUGAGGGUGUCGUGGGCACGAGUUACACAGGCGACAUCGCCCUGGACGACAUCCAGCUCUUGGAUGGUCCUUGCCCGCCCACCCAGCCGCCCCCCACCACUCCAACUCCACCCCCUGUCUACCCUCCCGACAGCCACGACUGCGACUUUGAGAACGGCUUCUGCAGCUGGACCCAGCUCACCUCCCCUGACGACCAGUUCGACUGGAGGUGGCAGACGGGCAGCACAGGGAGCACAAACACAGGGCCCGUCGCUGACCACACUAACGGGGACCCCUCAGGCUGGUACAUCUACAUCGAGGUCAGCGGACAGUCCCAGGACAACAUCGCCCGCCUCUCCUCUGCCUACUUCCCGGCUGCCACGUCUACCGACCCUGACGGCUACUGCAUGGAGUUCUGGUACCACAUGUAUGGUUCCCAUGUAGACAAGCUGACCAUCUACUCCGUCAGCUACCCGGACAACAAGGAGAGCGUGGUCUGGCAGAAGAUGGGGACCUUUGGUCCGCAGUGGAACCAGGGACUGAUCCACUUCCAAGAGACCAAGCAGUACAAGGUUAUUCUGGAGGGAACAGCUGGACCAAGUUAUCAAGGCGACAUCUCGUUGGAUGACUUGAAGUUCCAUAAGGGGAUCUGCCCACCUGGAGAGCUCUGUGACUUUGAGAACGGCUUCUGUGGCUAUGAGCAAGACAAAACUGAUGAUUUUGAUUGGACGCUGCAUCAGGGCCACACGCCAAGCCAGGGCACCGGUCCUUCCAAUGACCACACCUACGGGACAAGCUCUGGUCACUACAUGUACGCCGAGAUGUCCUCGCCCCGACAGCCGGGAGACAUCGCUCGGAUGGACAGCCCCAAGUACUCAAAGACACCUGGCAGCUGCCUGCAGUUCUGGUACUACAACUACGGAACUGACAUUGGCACGCUAAAUGUCUACAAGAAGACCUUUGGCAAAUACGAGACCAUCUUCACCCGGGACUACGACAACUGGCCAGAAUGGCAUGUGGCCGAGAUCACUCUGCAGUCCAUCUCCAGUUUCCAGGUUGUCUUCGAAGCGAUCCGUGGCAGUAGCUGGCAAGGCGAUAUCGCCCUGGACGACAUCCGGGUGCGGGAUGGCGCCUGCCUGCCCUACGGCAACUGCAACUUUGAGGCAGGCGACCUCUGCACGUGGAAGAACGCCGAGUUCAACGUCGACGGCUUUGACUGGGUGCGGCAGAAGGGCUCCACACUGUCCUCCAAGACGGGUCCCUCUGCUGACCACACGUUCGGGAGUCCGUAUGGAACCUACAUUUACAUCGAGACAUCCUUGCCACGCCAAGAGGGCGACACGGCCAUCCUGCUGUCAGGCUUCUUCGAGCCUAAGGAAUACUGCCUGGAGUUCUGGUACCACAUGUACGGCGGCUCCAUGGGCACCAUGAACGUCAACAUCUGGCCCGACCAGAACCUCUUCACGGCCUCGGGCGACAAGGGCAACCUCUGGAGGCAGGCCAAGGUUAGUGUGGUGCCCGAAAUCAAGCAGUCGUUCGAGCUGGUGCUGGAGGGCAUCGUGGGGACCUCGCACACGGGCGACAUGGCGGUGGACGACAUCGUGGUCCUGGACGGGAAGUGCCCAGCUGACAUACCCCCCUGCGACACGGUUUGCAAGGACGACUCCAGCAAGUGCGCCUCCAAGGCUCAGCUGUGCGACUUUGUCAAUUACUGCGAUGAUGGAACCGACGAAGAAAACUGUGGAACGCAGUGCACAUUCGAGAAUGACGAGUGCAACUGGAACAAGGUCAAUUCGGCUGCAUUUGAGUGGAAACGGCAGAAGGGCGCCUCACCGGCCGCCAACACCGGCCCAGACUACGACCACACCACGCUGUCAGAGAAAGGCUACUACCUGUACUGUGCCGCCAGCGCCAACACAGGCAAGGGCUGGGCAGUGUUCUACAGCCCACUGCGGCACAACUCGGCGGCCAGCUGCGAGCUGCGCUUCUGGUACCACAUGGAAGGGGCAGACAUCGGCCAGCUGCGGGUGCUGUUGCACGAGGAGACCAUCAACCUGGUGGUGCUGCACAUCAGCGGCGACCAGGGCGGCCAGUGGAAGGAAGGCGUGGCCCCCAUCGGGCGCAUCCCCGGCGCAUUUGACGUGGAUUUCGAAGCAAUCCGGAGCUUUGAGACUGAAGGAGACAUCGCCAUCGACGACGUCAGCCUCACGGGCUGCCAGAUUCCACAGCCUGUGACUGGUGAUUGCCGGAGCACGGAGGUCAAAUGCGACAGUGGUGCCUGCGUACACCAGAGCCGAGUCUGCGAUUUCAGUGAUGACUGCAGCGACUUGUCCGACGAGAAGAUCAACGAUGUAUGCGUGAACUACGACCGGUGCGACUUUGAAGAUCACUUCUGUGAAUGGGCGCACGUAGAGCACAGCGCCUUCAAGUGGUCGCGAACCAAGGGCUACACAGACGACGCUUGGGGAACCGGACCACUCCGGGAUCACACCACAAACAGCAACCAGGGGAGCUAUAUCUACAUCGACUCCAGCUCUGCCAAUUACAAAGAUCGGGCACGCUUGGCAUCUCCCCCACUGCAAGCCAUCCAGUCCGGCGACGACUGCCAGGUAGGAAAGUUGCUGGGCGGCUGGUUUGCUAGCUGGUCACUUUAUUAG